AAAUAAUAAACACAGGAAAUGUAUUCUGGAAAUUGUAUGGAAAUCUUGUCAAAUUCUGGGUAUUGGAUCGUCUGUUUAUAGUAACCAAAGAUGUUGAAUUUUUUGAACAGCUUUUAGUUCACCCGAAACAAUUACGAAAAUCCAUUUUAUAUAAUACGAUAAAACCAUGGCUAGGAACGGGCCUCUUAUUAAGCGAAGGAACAAAAUGGCACACACGUCGUAAAAUAAUAACACCCACAUUUCAUUUUAGAAUAUUGGAGCAAUUUGUGGAGGUUUUCGAUCGUCAGUCAACGGUGUUGGUUAAUUGUUUGUCCGAGAAGGCCGACGGUAGGACAACAUUUGAUGUUAUGCCCUAUAUUGGUGCCGCAACUCUGGAUAUAAUAACGGAAUCAGCCAUGGGUGUUAAUGUCCACGCUCAAACGGAUAAAUCAAUGCCAUAUGUAAUGGCAAUUGACCGAUCUGAGGAUAUACGCGAGGAAGUUGAUACAUUUAUGUUUGAAGGUCAUGACACCACAACGACCGUUUUUAGUUUUGCCCUGUAUUUGGUGUCACGGCAUCCCGAAGUCCAGAAAAUGCUGCUGUCCGAAAUGUAUACAAUUUUUGGUGAAACAAAUGUCGAACCAUUCACAAUGGCCAAGCUGAAUGAAUUGAAGUAUAUGGAAUGUGUUUUAAAAGAAACGUUUCGUCUAUAUCCUGUAGCACCUGUUAUUGGUCGUGAAAUUAUUGAAGAUUUCCAUUAUAAUCACUCACGUUUAGGCGAUGUCAUUAUUCCCCAAUCGACACAAGUCUUUAUUUCAAUAUACCACUUAUUGAGAGAUCCCUUAUAUUAUGACAAUCCAUCGGAAUUUAUACCAGUGGACCGGCACAAAGACGCGUCCAUCAAAAAUCCAUUUACUUAUAUACCAUUUAGAGCGGGCCCUCGAAAUUGCAUUGGUCAACGAUAUGCAAUGCUGGAAAUUAUGCUUUGUAAAAUUCGCGAGUACGAACUGUUGCCAUUCGGUCAAGAUGUUGAACCUGUCAUUGGUAUUAUAUUACGUUCGGAGACGGUGGUGGGCAUAACAAAAUUGAGCGUAAGUGUGGGUGAGCGUAACUGA